AUGCCUAGUUGGAACACUUAUGAGGCUCUCUUUCUUGUUUUUCGAGGAGCUCAUCUUGUGAGGCUCGUGAUACUGCUGGUUACAGAAAAGGAGCCUAAUUUAUUCACAUUUGAUCUGUAUCAUCAACCGACUCUUACUGUUUACGAACUCCUCUACCUGCCACUGACUGCCUGCCUCGUGAACAUGCUAACGUGCUGCGGAUGUAGUGAGUUUUACCCUUAUUCGUUUUCUUUUUAUUUGAUUUGCACUUAUGAUCUGCUUUCUUGUAUACUUUUAUUUAUAUGGACUUCUGCGAUUUUGUCAACGAAGAAUACCCUUUUUUAA